AUGAAUGCCUAUGACUCGGCAAGCAUCUACAAGGCGCGUUCUAAACAAUAUCAUGACGCCAAGAUUGAGAAGAGAUAUUUCAAGGAGGGGGAGAAGGUCCUCCUUUAUAACUCUCGUUUGAAGUUGUUCCCGGGAAAACUAAAGUCUCGGUGGAGCGGUCCGUUCGAUGUUGUUCGGGUUUUCCCCCAUGGUGCUAUCGAGAUUCGGAAUGAUGAUUCCGGGUCCUUCAAAGUGAAUGGGCAUCGGCUCAACCACUAUUUCUUGGGAGACUCUAUUGGAUCUUUUGCUUCCUUGGAUCUCAAGGACCCCCCAUGA